CACCGAGAGACCGUUUCCCCCAAAGGUUCUUCUCGUUUCUGUAGUUUUGUAGGUCAUUUUAGAGUAGAAUAGAAGCUGGUUUAGUGCAUAGUAUUUCUUUCCUCUCAGUAAAGUUACUAAAAGUGCAGUUCUGGGAGGUUUUAUUCGGUUCAGAAGGGAUGAUGAUGGGGACUUUACGCGACCUCCAGUACGCGCUACAGGAGAAAAUUGAAGAACUGAGACAGAGAGACGCGCUCAUUGACGAACUGGAGCUCGAACUGGAUCAGAAAGACGAACUCAUUCAGAAACUGCAAAACGAACUGGAUAAGUACCGCUCCGUGAUCCGCCCGGCUACCCAACAGGUCCAGAGCCGUCCGGAGCUGCAGGAGCAUCAGCGCACCAAACGCCAGGCAAUCAGCGCCGAACCAGCCAACGUCCAGCAGCUGAGUCACGUGACCCUGCCCAACGUCCCCAAGAGUGCCAAGUCAAAGGAACUGAUCAAGUCAGCUAUUCUGGACAAUGACUUCAUGAAGAACCUAGAGAUGUCUCAGAUCCAGGAAAUAGUGGACUGUAUGUAUCCAGUGGACUAUGACAAAAACAGCUGUAUUAUUAAAGAAGGGGAUGUGGGCUCCCUCGUCUAUGUCAUGGAAGAGGGAAAAGUUGAAGUGAGUAAAGAAGGAUUGAAGCUGUGCACUAUGGGACCAGGAAAGGUGUUUGGAGAGCUUGCCAUCCUUUAUAACUGCACCAGGACGGCCACUGUGAGAACUGUGACCAGUGUGAAGUUAUGGGCCAUCGACAGACAGUGCUUCCAGACCAUCAUGAUGAGGACGGGACUCAUUAAACAUGCAGAAAAUAUGGAGUUAUUGAAAAGUGUCCUGACGUUCCGGGGUCUUCCAGAAGAAAUACUGAGCAAGCUGGCUGAUGUCCUUGAGGAGACCCACUAUGAGGAUGGCGACUACAUCAUUCGCCAGGGGGCAAGAGGAGACACGUUCUUCAUUAUCAGUAAAGGAAAGGUGACGAUGACUCGAGAGGACUGUCCGGGUCAGGAGCCCGUCUACUUGCGUUCUAUGGGGAAAGGAGACUCCUUUGGGGAAAAAGCCCUACAAGGGGAGGAUAUCAGAACAGCUAACGUCAUCGCAGCAGAGUCUGUCACCUGCCUUGUGAUCGACAGAGACUCAUACAAACAUCUGAUUGGAGGUCUGGAAGACGUAUCCAACAAAGGCAGUGAAGACGCAGAGGCAAAGGCAAAAUACGAGGCAGAGAACGCAUUCUUCUCCAACCUAAACCUGUCUGACUUCAACAUCAUCGACACUCUUGGUGUUGGAGGAUUUGGACGUGUUGAACUGGUGCAGCUCAAGAGCGAUGAGAUGAAGACAUUUGCGAUGAAGAUCCUAAAGAAGCGCCACAUUGUGGACACGAGACAGCAGGAGCACAUCCGCUCUGAGAAACUGAUCAUGCAGGAGGCACAUUCCGAUUUUAUCGUGGAUUUUGGCUUUGCUAAGAAGAUCGGCUUUGGAAAGAAGACGUGGACAUUCUGUGGUACACCAGAGUAUGUGGCUCCAGAGAUCAUCCUGAAUAAAGGUCAUGACAUCUCCGCAGAUUACUGGUCCCUCGGCAUCCUCAUGUAUGAGCUGCUGACUGGCAGUCCUCCUUUUUCAGGACCGGAUCCAAUGAAAACGUACAACAUCAUUCUUAGAGGCAUUGACAUGAUAGAAUUCCCUAAAAAAAUUACAAAAAAUGCUGCCAAUCUCAUCAAAAAGCUAUGCAGGGACACGCCGUCUGAAAGACUAGGAAACUUGAAAAACGGUGUCAAAGACAUCCAGAAGCACAAAUGGUUUGAAGGGUUUAACUGGGACGGAUUGAGGAAGGGGACACUGAUGCCCCCCAUCAUCCCUAAUGUAACAUCAUCCACGGACACCAGUAACUUUGACAGCUUUCCAGAGGACAAUGAAGACCCACCACCUGAUGAUAACUCAGGCUGGGACACAGACUUCUAAACAGGCCUAAACACACACACGUGCACACAUACACACACAACACUGCUCACAUGGGAUGUCUGCCUGGGAUAGACAUGCUGCACUACAGGAUGGACUGGAGGGGAAAUGUGGGAAGAAGCAGAAGGAGAAGAGGUGGAUGAAAUUAAGUAACUCUAAAAGGACUGGCGAGACCCGGAGACAAAACAUGAAUCUCUUACGUGAGCAUGUGUCUGUGUGCGUGUUCACCACUGACCCAUGAUAACCACCUUUACUGUGAGAUGACUGAGGAGACAGUCCAUUUAGGGAAGAGCUUGUGACCUCAGUGAUUUGUUCUUCUCCCUGAUUGGCUGUGAACUCUUCAUUCACCAAUCCGUGUGCAGACUACUCUAAAAAAGACCACACUGUAUGUCGCAGGAGUCCAGACCGACCUGAAUGUUGCUCUUAAAGUAAUACUCGUUCAUUAUAGCACAUGUACAUAAUAGCAUAGUAUCACUACCCUGAAAAACUGACGCAUAUGCCGGCGUUCCUGACAUGUAUCGGAUUAUCUGUCAUGUGCAUCAUAAUACAUCAAUCGUUAGACUCAGUUUCACCUUCUUCAAGCACACACAGACAUCAUAGACGCAUCUUCUCGCUGAUAAUUUAUUGUCCUGGCGGACAGCCAUUAUAGUUUAUGAUAUUCUGAACCCAGUGCUGGUCUUCUCAAACUUCAUCCCAUGAAAUGAUGUGCCUCAAAUGCAUAGCUACAUUAAUAGUGUACUGUAUUUAUUGUCUCAGAUUUAUAAGAAUUAGGAGAUAAGUACUGACCACUGUGAACGGCCGGAUUUUAAACAGGAACAGAGUGUCAUCAUUAAAAGAGGAACGGCUGUGGGAUUGGUUUGCCUUCUAUGGCCAUUUCUUAAAACCAACUAAUUCAAAUGCACGUACAACAUAAUCCUGAUUUCUCCAGAAAUUAAGCCGUAUCAGAUCAACAGUAUUAGUGCCUUAAAUCAACGGCAUUCUGCGACGCUCCUCAUGCUGCAUGUCAGAAUACAAUCCCCUCAGCCUGCUGCUGUCCAUCAGACGCCCUGUCUAGGUUUUUUUUGUUUUUGUUUUUUUACACAAUAAAGCAACUGUUUUAGACACUCCCUAGU